UGACUGAGAGAGAUAUUUACUUCCGGGUUUGUGUCAGCGCUGCCGGGAGCAGGGCUGGUCCGCGCGCUCCGCGUUUCCGCAUACUUUAUUUUUAUAUUCCGGCAGCUUCACCUGCGCGCGAUCGUGCGCAUGCUUAUACAUAAUAAUAGUUGUAUUAAUUACAAUAAUAUUCCUUCUAAUAAACGGCCAGGUGCUGGAUGUCAGAGCGGUGUUUCGUGUCAUUCAUGUCGCCGUAAACCACUGCUCGGUACCGUGCAAUCUUUCAGCUCCCAUGACGUGACGAGGAACGGAUCGCUCUUUCGGUGCAUGCAGGUUUUUUUUUUUAAAUACAUAUAUAUCUCUAUAGAAAUAUACAAAAUAUAUAGAUAUAGAGCACGUGGACGCCAUGAUGGUCCGCUGCUGCUGCACGCCGAUGGGACUCGCGGUGUUCGCCGCGCUGCUCCUCUGCGCGCGCGCCUCGCAGGGCGACAAGGAGCCCGUGUACCGAGACUGCGUGAAGCAGUGCGCGCGCACCAACUGCACGGGAGCCAAGCUGCGCGGCUUCCAGUCAGCUCAGCCGCCUUACAUGGUUCUCACCGGUUGGACGUGUCGGGAUGACUGUCGUUAUCAGUGCAUGUGGACCACGGUUGGACUUUACCAGGCCGAGGGCUAUCGAGUGCCUCAGUUCCAUGGCAAGUGGCCGUUUGUGCGCUUCCUGUGUUUCGAGGAGCCAGCAUCAGCUCUGGCAUCGCUGCUCAACGGUCUGGCGUGUUUGCUGAUGCUGCUGCGCUACCGCAGUGCCGUCCCACGCCAGUGCCCUAUGUACCAGACCGUCACCGCCUUCUCACUGGUGUCGCUGAACGCCUGGUUCUGGUCCACAGUAUUCCACACCAGAGACACAUAUCUAACUGAGAAGAUGGACUAUUUUUGCGCGUCAGCGGUCAUCCUUUACUCCAUCUACCUGUGCUGCGUCAGGACGCUGGGUUUGCGGCGGCCCGGCGUGUCCAGCAUCGUCGGCGUUCUGCUCAUCCUGGCCUUCACCUCCCACGUCUCCUAUCUCACCUUCGUCAGCUUCGACUACGGUUACAACAUGGCUGCCAACGCAACCAUAGGCAUGGUGAACCUGCUGUGGUGGCUCGGUUGGUGCUGGCAGAACCGGAGGACGUUGCUGUACUGGUGGAAGUGUGGCGCGGUAGUGGUGCUGCUGCACGGCCUGGCGCUGCUCGAGCUCCUUGACUUCCCACCGCUUUUCUGGGUGCUGGACGCUCACGCGGCCUGGCACCUGGGCACCGUCCCCGUACACUUCCUCUUCUACAGUUUCCUUAUAGACGACAGCCUCCACCUCCUCAACACAGAGAAGGCCGGAGUCAAGCUGGACUAAGAGGAAUGUGUGUCAGAGCCCCGCCCCCUCCUCCACAAUCCCUCCAGUCAGGACGAGUCUGUGAAUUUCGAGUUUACGAAUUGAGUUUACACUUUUUAACCACUCAGCUACGGACGGCUGUAAAAACAGUUUUGCUUUUGGUUGCUUUGUUCACCUGUGGUCGAGUUAUCAUAUUUUUUUUUCUGCACUAUAUUUUUUUCCCCAGCGCGUUGCCUUGCGGAAUUUUGUUGAAAUGGUUUGUUUCCGCGUAUCAUUAUUUCAAACGGAGUAAAUCCGAGUGGUCACUUUUUA